CAUUCUUUUCAACUUUUUUUUUUUUAUAACUCCCAGGGAGAGAGAGAGCCCAAACGCAGCUUCAAUGGCGACAAGUCUUCUGCGAAAGAAACCGGGUCUCCACCCACUCUUGUUUCGGUUUCUGAGCUUACUGUCACCGGCGGCUCAGUCAAGGUCCGCCGGAACCCUUGCCUUCGAAGAGCUCCGAGCUUCACCCGACCAACCCUACCAAUCCACCGCUAUCGUAAUUCACGGCCUCCUUGGAUCCGCCAGAAACUGGAGAUCUUUCUCCCGCAAUCUCCUCUCCACCCUCCCUUCUCCAUUCGAUUGGAGAAUGGUGCUUGUGGAUUUAAGGAACCAUGGGAAAUCGGCUGAGGUUGAAGGUCUGGGCCCACCUCAUGACCUGACCAAUGCAGCCAAGGAUUUGGCCGAUUUGGUCAAGUCUCAAGGUUGGUCAUGGCCGGAUGUUGUUUUGGGCCAUUCCCUGGGUGGUAAGGUCGCUCUCCAAUACGCCGAGAGCUGUGCUCGUGGCGACUAUGGCGAAUCUGCUGUGCUACCUAAACAGCUGUGGGUGCUAGAUUCCGUUCCAGGAGAUGUUAGCCCUGAAUAUAGUGAUGGAGAAGUAGAAAAAGUCUUGCACACCUUGCAGAAUCUACCUCCGACGGUUCCAUCACGAAAGUGGCUUGUGAAUCAUAUGGUUGAACUUGGGUUCUCAAAGUCAUUAUCAGAAUGGAUAGGCAGCAACCUCAAGAAAUCUGGAGAUCGGGAGACGUGGGCCUUUAAUCUUGAUGCCGCAGUUGAGAUGUUCAAGUCUUACAGGGAGAGGUCUUAUUGGUCUCUAUUGGAGCAGCCACCAAAAGAUAUGGAAAUAGCGAUUGUGCGUGCAGAGAACAGUGAUCGUUGGGACCCUGAUACCGUUCAGCGGCUUGAAAGCCUUGCCGCUCGAGAAAGAGGUGGCUCUGAGGGGAAGGUUGCAGUUCAUGUUCUUCCGAAGUCGGGUCACUGGGUUCAUGCGGACAAUCCCAGAGGUCUUCUUGAGAUUGUGGCACCUAGGAUUGCUUCCCUUUGACCUUUCUGUGGUCUAAGUUGCUUGUUUUCUACCAUAGAAACACAACUCUGUAAUUUGAGAGAAUCAUGCUCCAUGUCUUGCCUUUUAUUUUCUCACUUAUCUGUAAUUUGGGUGAAUGUGGAUCCAUGAUUCUAUUUUUUCUGACUUCAAUUCUUAUGGAA